GCUUCCCUUCCCUUUCUCGGCAAAAGAAGCAAAUCUUUUGUUGCAAGCUACAUUCUUCUCGUCCAUGGCGUUCAUCAAACUAAAUCUCAACGUAGACGUCAACAGUUGCCUGAGUGGCCUCAAGACGACGCUGCGGCUGGGCGGGCCAAAAUCUGGCAUCGAGAAGUUGAAAAAGGAAAUGAAAAAAUUGAGAGGCAAAAGGGACGACAUCAAGAACCGGAUCGACCAGGCGGAGCUCGAGGGGAGAAUUCCGACCAACCAAGUGAGCCAGUGGCUACUGGACGUGGAGACGUUGGAAGGCCAAGUGGCUGCUAUCGAGCAGGAUUUCCAAAGCACCAGUUGCUUCAGUUGCCAUUGCUUCAAUCAAACUCAAACUCAAACUGGUGGCACGAGUCAAACACAGCAAGCAGGAGAUCAGGCUCCUAUGAGAGAGUCAUCAAACUGCUGCUCCAUCAUCCUAAGAGUGUCCAAGAAGCUCGGCGAGGUUAAAGAAUUGAUGGACCGAGCUGAUAGACUGGAUCCGGUUGCCACAGUUGGGCCUUCGGAACCCGCCGUGAUGCUUCCCAUCUCACACCGAUCGCCCGUUGGGAUCGAGUCGUAUGAGGAGGACAUUGUGGGCUACGUCGAUGGUGGAAAAGCCGACAUCAUAGGCAUCUACGGAAUGGGCGGUGUCGGUAAGACCACCAUGUUGAAGAGGAUCCUGCAACAUUAUCAUCUUAACCAUGCCAUAUUUGAUCGUGUGAUUUGGGUUGUGGCCUCCAAAGACUGCCAAUUUAAAAAGGCUCCAGAUUGAUAUUGCUAAGAGUCUAGGACUGAAGACGCUGCAGGAGAGUGACGAUGAACGAACCUGUGGUGAUAAGCUCUUUACCUUUCUGAAGAGCAGGAACUGCUUGCUACUCCUAGAUGACAUUUGGGAACAUCUAGAUCUUCAACAAUUGGGUUUGGCACACUCGGCUACUACUGAACGAGGCCGGCAGCAGCAACCACGCAAAACCGUGGUGUUCACAACGCGUAGCGAGGCAGUAUGUGCUCAAAUGAAAGCAGAAAAGAAGAUCAAAGUCAAAUGCCUGGAUCCCGUACAAGCAUGGCAACUCUUUGAGCAGAACAGCGAGAGGGAUGUUCUCAAUUCAGAUGCUGGAAUUAAGUUCGUUGCUGAACAACUUGCUAAAGAAUGUGCAGGUCUUCCGCUCGCUCUUAUCACCAUCGCCCGGGCCAUGUCAGGGAAAAAGACUUGGGAAGCUUGGGUUGCCACUCUCCGUCAAAUAAGGGAUGAACAUCAGUGGAAAACCGUAUGUCUUCCUGAAGAUUCACUAGUCAUGUAUAAAGCCUUCAAGCUGAGUUACGACAGUUUAGAGAAUGACUCCAUAAGAGAAUGCCUCUUGUGCUGCGCUUUGUGGCCCGAAGAUUAUGAGAUCAACACAUUCGAUCAGUUGAUACCGUGUUGGAUAGGUUGCGGCAUAAUCCAUGAAUUUAAUGUGAUCAAUGAAGCUUUCGCCAAAGGAUGCUCUCAUUUGGAAGCUCUCAUGGCAGCAUCCUUGCUAGAGGAAUGUAUUCCAAAGGGCAGACCUCUUCAUUGGUACGGCCCAUGUGUAAAGAUGCACGAUGUCAUCCGAGACAUGGCACUGUUGAUGGUUUCUGGGUUGGAGGGGAACAAAAGAAAAUGGAUUGUAAAAGCAGGAAUCGGGUUGAGUGAUUUGCAUAGACAAGAAGAAUGGCAAGAAGCAGAGCGAGCAUCAUUCAUGAUGAAUAAGAUUACUUCUUUACCAGAGUAUGAAGCUAAUUUCACUUUUCCAAAACUUUCUAUGUUGAUUCUCUGUCAGAACAAAGGCUUGAAAACAAUUCCUUCGAGUUUGUUCGCAAGCAUACCUCGCUUAACUUACUUGGAUCUCAAUGGAUGUAGUAUAAGAGAGCUUCCUAUGGAGAUUUGUAGCUUAAAUGAGCUUCAAUAUUUAGACUUGUCCUCCAAUCUUAUUACAAGUCUGCCGGCCGAGUUUGGUUGCUCAGUAAAUUAGAGUACUUGUUUCUAAAAGAUAAUAAAAUUGUGACGGUACCCUAUGGGACAAUAUCCAAUUUAUCAAUGCUCAAGUGGCUGGAUGCAACUACUGAGUGGUGGUGGGAUGAAUUGAAAUGUUUCAAAGGAUGCUACCAAUUGAGUGUGAGAAUUUACAUUAAGGCUACGACAGAUAACAUUGAGCAACUCAACAUGUUACCAAAUGUCUUUAUAUGGGAACUUCAUUUGGAUGGAAAGAAUAUUUCAGAACUUCCAAACUAUGAUCUGGGCACUCCACAAUGGGGUUGCACGGUAAGUGACAAUCUUGAGUCUCUGAACAUUAGAAGUAUCGGAUUAGAUAGAUUAGUGUUGGCUGCAGGCAUGGAUCGUGAAUCAAGUUUUGGAUGUUUAAAGAAACCCAAUUUUUUUACCCUAGAAAUAUUGGAAGAGAUUUCAUUGAAUAGAGUUCGACUCUACAACCUUCGUGAAAUAUAUAUUUAUGAGUGCCUUAUGUUGAAGGAUGUUUCUUGGGUUCUACAAUUGCCAUGCCUUGGUAUCCUAACCAUAUUAUGUUGUGGAAAAAUGAAGGAACUAAUAACUGACGUAGGGAACUCCAACUCCAGCUCUAGCAUCCAGAAGUUGACAUUGAACAACAUGUCGAACCUCAAUCGCAUUGCAAACCAACCGUUUCAUUUUCCCUACUUGGAAUAUAUAAAAGUGCACGAGUGCCCAAUGUUCAAAUAAUUACCAUUUGGUGUUGAAAUGUUGAAGAACAAAAAUUUCAAAAUGAUCAUAGGUAAACGAGAUUGGUGGAACAAUUUGGAUUGGAUGACGAGAGCAUCAAGGAUUCACUCACCCCUUAUUUUAGGUCUUGGGGAUCAAUUUCGAAAUGAAGCUAAGCAUCGGCCUUUUGAUCAAGGAGACUAUAGGGCAUUUACUGUG